AUGGGCGCGGCAAACGCGACGACGACGCCAUCUGGAGGCAUUCCAGCCCCCUAUGGCAGGGCGUGCACGAAUUGUGCUCGUGCAAAGUGUCGGUGUAUCUACAGGAGUGAUGGACCUGACUGUGAGAGGUGUCAUCGAUUGAAGAAGGAAUGUGUGCCUUCAGUUUCUGUCCGGAAGCGCAACAAUGCCAAACGGUCUCAUGUCUCUCGGGCUGCUCAGCUCGAAGCCAAGCUUGAGAAUUUGGCCGAACUCAUCCGGCAACAGCAUGCCCCGGUUGACAAAACUACAUCUGGAGCAAUAGCAUGUCAGGUCCCUGCUGCGAGCACCUUGGGCAGCCAGUCCAGCGCGACCCAGACUGCGGCGAGCUCGCCCCAACCAACAACCACUGGUCCUGCUUACCUUAUGCAUACCGACUAUGCUCAAAGUAACCCUCGACCGAUCCCAACGCCUCGGAAUCCUUCUUUUGAAGCUCAGUAUAACGUUACGGGUGUGACUCCACACACGCCAGUCCCCCAGCCAGAGCCUGCAAAUAUGCUAGCCUCUGUCUACCAGCCAACCCCAGCUGAGGCAGCUGAGCGUCUCAUGACUUUUCGGAAGUAUAUGCUCAUCUUCUUGCCAUUCAUCUACCUCCCUGAGACAGAGACACCGGAAAGACUCAGGGAAGAAUGGCCUUUCCUGUGGUUCAGCAUCAUGACGGCCACUUGCCAGAAUGUGGACCAGAGACUGCUUAUGUGCGAGGCCACAAAGAAGUUUCUGGCUCAAAAGAUGAUUGUUGAACAUGAAAAGAAUCUUGACUUUCUUCUCGGUCUUCUGGUUGUUAUGGGUUGAAUUUCUCAGUCCAUCAAACGUUUGGAUGCGCUUAACUGGACACCACACAUGGAUGACUGCCUUCAGAUCCUGUCUGAGCAACGGGAAUGGGACGGGGAUGACCUGUUGGUGGCUCAGGUGAAGGUUCAACUGGUAAUCGAACAGGUCACUCAAGCGACAACUCAAUCCCAGGAUGGCACGCUGUCGACCUUUAUCUCAGAUGCUCUCAGGACACAGCUGCAAAACAUCAGACUUCGUCUCCCAGAUCAUUUGCGUCAAAAUGAUACCGUCUUAAGUCACAUCUCAUACGCCGAGCUAGCCAUUUACGAAGCCACACUCGGUAAAAUAGGCAAAGGCCCAACCAACGGAACGAUGUCGGAUCUCCAGCGGUACGAGGCCAUGCAGGGUUCCCUGUGCGCAGUCAAAGACUGGUUUGACCGGCACUUUUCUAUCCCGACCUUCGUGUACGUUGGCAUGACCUUCAGCUAUUGGUGCCAGCUGUCACACUGCCUGCUGGCACUGUACCGCCUGUCGAUAUACGACGAUCCGGCCUGGGACCGCCGUGCUGUUCGUUCCCGAAUCGAUUUAUUUGCAAUCUGUGAUCAGCUCAAAAAAGGCUUUGACGAGGUCGCCGCCCAGCGACGGUUGGUGGCCGGGCCGACGGUUGAAGAAGACACAUUUACGAAGUUCUCGCGAAUGUUGAGGACAAUGAAAAGCAAUUGGCUUGCUGAGCUCGAUGCUGCGCAGCAACCUCGCAACCUAGGCAUGCCCCCGAACCCCAGCGGUGUGCCGGUCGGCCUUGGCGUUAACCCGCAGCAGCAGCAGCAGCAGCAGCAACAACAGCAGCAACAGCAGCAACAGCAGCAGCAGCAGCAGCCGGAGGUGUUCAUGGACGGCGGUGCGAAUGGGCUUAAUGUGACCUUCUUCCAGCCAGACGAUCCAGACUCGUGGAUUGCCGGGUUGUUUGAUAUAAACUGGAGUGAGGUUUAA